AUGGCUCGCUCCGUGAGCCUCCUCCCCAUGGCGCUGUUGGCGCUGGGCGCCUGGAUGUUGAGCUCCUUGACCCAGAGCGGCUUCGUCAUGAACAGCGCCACCCCAAGGGGCAGCAAGGUGGCCAUGAGGGGAUUCAAGGAUGACUUCUAUGCCUGGAAGGAGACUUUGAGCUCGGAAGAUCAGGCACUCUUGCUGAAGCAGGCCCAGAAUGAGUUCAACAAGAAGUUCCGCGCUUCUGAUGAGUUCAAGAAGAGCGUCUCUGAGGACAAGAUUGAGUCCUUCGGAAAGGUCUUGCAGAAAUUCUUCGACAAUGAACGUGAGGACUACAAGAAGGAUGUGGCCAUGAAGACGCCAGACUAUGAUGCCCUGCAGAAGAAGGCUAAUCAGGUGGCCUAUGACUUCAGCCUCAAGCGCGCCGUCAUCGAAGUGGACCGUGAUGCGGACCGCCGCUGGUCCUUCGCCACGGACAAGAUGAAGCUGGCCGAAGACAAGGACGAGGUCGCCCCCAACUCUGCUCCUUUGGAGGAAGUGUAUUUGUUCGCCAAUGAGGGUGAGAACCACACCAACAACGUCAAGCAGUUGGAGGCCAUGAAGAAAGCUAUGGAGGAUGCCUCGGCCCCAGCAGAGGCGGCCAAGAUCAAGAAGAUGCUGGAGGGCUUCAAGAUUCCUGCGGCCGGUGAGGACUUUUCUGUGCAGCUGCCUCGCAAGCUCAUCGAUGAUCUGAAGGCCACUGCCGGUGGCAUCGCAGCCCAGAAGGAGGGCAAGUCGGACAGCGAGUUGGAUGAGAUGUGGUGGAAGCAGGCUGGGGAGCUGGUGGCCGGCUACUACAAGCAGCGCGAGGAGGUGGAGAAGGAUGUGGAAGGCUUGAAGAAGUUCUUCCGAUCUCAGAAGGACAUGCCUGGCAAGACCAAGGCUGACAUUGUGAAGCAGAUCUGGAAGGAGCUGCCGAAGCACAUGGACACCCCGGUGGCUCCCUUGGAUGAGGAGAUGCUGGUAGACUUGGCCAAGGAGCCUGCUGUCAUUGAAGGUGAGUUCAAGCACAGCUGGGGCACGGCCGAGAAGCUCUACAAGUCCGAGGCCAUCGAUUCCUUCGGCAACCGCUACUUGCUGGGCGUCUUCGAGAACAAGGCGGACGCUGAGAAGGCCUUCGAUUCCUGGAACAAGGAGUAUGAACAGGCCGGCAAGGACGUGAAGGAGAACUUGAAGAACUGGGCCAAGCAACAGGAAGCGGAACUUGCCGAGGAGCAGGAUUCCGUGGAUCGUAUCCGCAAGGCCUUGGAAGAAGCGCGCCGCUGA